CGCGCAAGUCCCAGGGGAAACUGUCGAAAAAUCUGGGGAAACACUAUUUCCAUUCAUCUUCCAAAAUAUGUGAAUUGUUCACAUCGGCUCCCCACAUUACUUUAACCCGAAUCAACGGCUCCCGGACGGCUGAGAGACAAGCCGUGCUGCCAUACAACUAAAUUACUAUCUCACUCACUCAUCGCGGAACAGAAGCCAAGUGGAGGCGAUGGGUUCCUCCAAGUCAGAUGAAGAGACAUCAUCAAGCUCUCCGCUGUUGCGCACGCGAUUGCGCGCAAGCCAUGCUUGCACUGUCUGUAGAAUUCGCAAAGUCAGAUGCGAUGUUGCAGUUACUGGUUUCCCGUGCACAAACUGCAAGCUAGAUUCGGCCAACUGCAAAGUGUUGCCGCGAAAGCGGAAAUGGGAACAAAGAGUGAAGCGCGUGAUAGAACACGAGGGAAAGGAGCAUAUAUCCCAGUCUCGACAAAUAGAUGUAGAGAAGGCGAAACCGUCACAAGCAAUUUACCCAAGCCCCAAGUCCCAAGCAGAAAUUAAACAGGACCAAGAAAGGAACAGUUCAUCCAGUCCAUCUAUUAAGAUCGAUCCAUCCUUGACACCGGCGUUCCAACAUGGGGAAUCGGAUACUAAUAGCGAAGCUUUACACUCCAACUUCACUUUCACGGAUGGUACCAUUGACCCAAGCACAAUAGGAACGCAAGAUGGCCUUGGUAGUAGCAAUCCCUGGGGACCGGGAUAUGACAAAACUACCAUCUUCGGACUGCAGCCGCCAGCACGUUUCGUGCCUUAUUCUAACUACAACUUUGUUGAUGCUGGGUCCCUCAAUCAACUUAGUCAUAUCGACGUAGCGUAUUUGACAGAAAAGGACUGUCUCACCUUGCCUACGGAAACAGCACUGGAAGAGUUCUUUCAUCAGUAUUUCUCACAUGUGCAUCCCAUCAUACCUCUACUCAGCGAAGCAGAGUUUUGGGCGGCAGACGCUCGCAUUCCCCUUCUCCUAAUUCGCGCAAUCCUAUUUAUAUCAUCACCUUACGUGUCAGCAUCAACGCUCCUUAGCCUCGGGUACAGCAGUGUACAAGCGGCUCAUACUGAACUAUACACGGCUGCAAAGACCUUGACACAAUUCGACAUCCACAGAAACAAUGUCGUCAGUGCACAGGUAGCGCUCUUGCUGACCUACUACUCACCUGCACCGAGCGAUACCACAAACACAUACUGGAUGGUAAACGCAGUCCACUUUGCGCGUUGCGCUCGUGCAGACCAGUAUCAUACACUAAGCGACGACAACCCCGCGAAACUAAGGCUUAAACGGCUGUGGUGGACCUGCAUAUUGCGAGACAGGGUUAUAUCUUUGAGUUUACGAAGACCACUAACCAUCGGAUGCGAUGAUUUCGACUUCAGCCACCAAGGCCUUAAUCUUGCUGACUUCUCAGACGAACUGGGGGUCUCUACAGUAUAUGACCGGCCGACAAGACAAAUUUUAGCUCAUUGCAUGUCGGCAUUCUGCGAACUCGUUAUUCCUUUGAACAAAGCUCUUACGAUACUCUACCCAGCAGCUGGCCCCAAUACCAUAACCUCAGAGACAAACACUGGAAAGGAGUCAGAUGCUUGCGCCGAAAUUCUCGAGCUUCUGGAUGCUUGGCACCAGAAAACAAGGGAGCGAUUUGAGACUUCUACCCCAUCAAUUGGCGUCCACAAAUGCCUAACCAUGUUCAUCAAGAUGACUUUUAUCUACUACUUUUCUGCGAGAGCGAGCCUCUGCUACCACAUGAUGUUAUUAUCUGUAUCCAAUCCUGGCCACGCAUCAGAUGUGAAGAAGAAUGAUCUCCAGGUUCAGGCAGAGAUGGAUUCAUCUUUGAAGGGAAUCACCGGGAUGUUCAUGCAGUUAGCCCGUCUUGGGCUUGUCCAGUACUUGCCAAACACAUUCGUUACCUUCACAGCUAUCCCGCUCAUCUGGCAAGUUCUAGAUGCAAAGAUACUAAAUACUGGAGCGCUCGCAGCAGACAAUAUGCGCGAUCUUAUGGUCUACACCAACGUCAUGAACAAGUUCCGAGGCCUCCACCAAAACGCAAACAACGUACUAAAGUUUAUAAAGCAGCUCAUCAAUCACAUCCAAACAACGGAAUCUGUUGACAUUGAUCAAUAUGAUCUUUCGGCAGACACCUCUUUCCCCCCAGAACUUCUGUCGAGCUUCCUGCCUGGCGAGAAGGCACAGGAUAUCAUCCACGAGCCGAAAAAUAAAUGGGCAAAGUUGUUUGCCGGAAAGCCGCGAACGUACCUACGGAUCGCAUUGACGAUUCAACAUUCUCUUUCUAGCGGCAAUUUUCCAUCCGAGGAAGACUUUCCAAAAGCACUGCAGAUUGUCAGAUUUGCAGAAGAGACAAUGGAUGGUGGUAUUGAUGUCGGGCUGUACAAGUAUUUGCAACAUAUGGAGGAUUUCUUGCUAUCUGCUUAGUUAUCAUUAGCGACGGUGUCUGGAAAAGCGAUACUUUAUAGUUUUAUUUAAUGAUUGAAGCGUAAGCUGUUGGUAAAUCAAUAUGCAACUUGAAC